GUCGCUUACAUAUCUACGUUCUUUUUUGCCAUCUGUCUCGUCGUUCGCUACCCUUAGAAUCCACCACCAUUUCGUAAAAACCUCGCCUUAAUCAGCUCCCCCCCAGUGAGACAACAUGGGUCUCUUCCGACCAGCGACCAGCGUCGGCCGACCAAAAACCGCCCAGCCUGAUCGCAGUGCUAUCCGCGGUAGAAUUAGCGGUCCUAUAGCGGUGGAUGACGAAUUCCCUCUUAGAAGCCAAGGCCCAGAGGUAGCUCAAGCUGGUGGACUUGAGCAGCUUGAGUCCAACGUCGAAGACUUGCCUUCUCUGAGGCUAGUUGAAUCUCCCCCCGGAACCGUACGGGCGGACAAGAUGGAAUCUACGACUCCAUCUGGGCCCAGCCAAGCCUCUAAUAACUCUGGCAGCCCACGACAGCCCAGAACAGUUCGUUCUAGUACCUUGAGAUAUUCGACCAUCAGCGAUGGUACAGAGCCGGAUCGCCCACAACGGAAGAAAUCAACGCUCAAGUCUACUCUUGGCAGACUGUUUAAGCGGAAGAAGAAGAGUUCGAACGAAUCAUUCAACCAUGACCGGAUAGCGGAAGAUGAGGAUCCUGCACAACAUGAACAUAACCCUUCACUUUCCGAUCAAGCCUUCAGGAUGAACGGAUCUAAACGGUCGAACUCGUUACCACUUACCGAAUUCGAUAGGGCGCUCAGAUCACAUUCUGUCGGGCCUGAUGAUAUGCUUGCAAUAACUAGCACCCGAAACUCACUACAAGUAGAUCCUGCGUGGAUUCGGAGGAGAGCUGCGUCAUCCAACAGGAUUCUAAGCGGAAGAGUCAAAGACUUUGAUGGCCAAUUAAUAGGCUUAUCUCCAAGACCUGCCAGUACUCACGGGCGUGAUAAUACGUUACUCGAAGAAGAUCCCGAAGACAUUGGUCGCGCCAUCACCAGCGACAGUCGUACACUGCGUCGGAGAUCGAGGAGCAUGUCUCAACUUGAGAAUGUCGCAGUUACUCAACCGCUUGUGCGCAAACGUAGCGAUGAAAUACGAUACUGGAGAUCCAGCUAUAAUCCGGGUAUCUUGUCGCCUAAUUCGACUAUUAAUAAUGACGAUACUACCGUCAACAUAGAUGAAGAGGUAGAAAUCCAACCCGAGACACCUCAACAUCCUCCUACCCCGAAAACGCCACCUCAACCUUUCAACUUUGGUCCCAUGAUGGGAAUGAAGAUUACCCAAGCCGCUAGCAUAGAAGAACGAAUUGCUACUUUGGAAGUCCGCAACCAGAAAUUGGAGAAGCUUGUAUCGCAGCUGUUCCAAGUCGUGCCGGGUGUUCAUAAUUAUGUUCCUGACACCCCUGACCGCCGAGAAUCUGCAGCCCAGCCUGCACCGUACAUUUCCGUGCUGUCAUCCGCUACCGAGACAUCGGAGGACGACACUACACCAUCUUCGAGAUAUACUCUAUCUCGAGAGUCGAACGAGUCGUUUGGUGAUGGGAACACAUUUAUCGGAUCGCUCCCUCCUUCAUCUGGAAUGCGCCCACGACCUACAUCAAACUCGACAGUUCGUGGUGCAACAAGCUUACCCGCGAUGCUGGGAGAGAACGCGGGACAAGUCACUGUAGAUCAAUUCACGGCUAUGAAGGUUCUCUUAGAAUCUGAGCGUGAUGCGCGGGAGGCCCUAGAAGUAAGGGUGACAAGACUUAGCCAUAGGCUCAACCUAUUAUCUCAGACUACGUACAAGCUAGACACCACAAAUACUCCAUACUCUGGUACAUCCGCCUUCACACACGACGAGGACGAGCCCCUCACUGCUUGCGACACAGAGUCGGAAGUAUACAAAACACCGCGUGAGGAAGAGGGCGGGCAUAACUUUGGCGCAUUCGGCGAAGAGCUCCGCGUGGAGGACGAUGACGGUUCAAGAAGGAAGGCGGCCAGGACGCUUUCUCUUAGCCAGUUGACAUUGAAGAGGCCACGAACGCAGCAAAGCGCUGUUGGCUUUGAGUUAUGACUAUCUGGCAUCAACAUUGACGACCCGACUCGACAAUUUCGAGCGCUUGUAUAAUGCGCCUCGCACAGAUUCACCUACCUUAAAUCCGCGCACAACACAACCCAGAUUUUUAUGAAUAUCAUUAGCCUUUUUUCCCGACGUAACUGCAUU